UCGUAUUGUUAGAGGGCUAAGUCCCGCCUUUCUUGAAGAGCCGGAUCGGGGGAAACAAGCCCGCCCGCACGCCCGCCCGUCUAGUCUGCCUGUCUGGCAGGCGGCUCCGCCGAGUCUGCUCCGCGCUGUCCUGAGGCUGGAGGGUGAGCGCGGAGCAGAGCGAAGCACGGUCCUGUUGUGGGGGCAGAGGCAGAGCACUAUUAACAGCAAAGGCACUUGUGUUCUUGUGAUGGAGGAGAAGAUACCCCACCGCCCACUUCCUCUUCCUUCUGCUGAUGAUCUUACAUAUGAAGCAAGCAUUCUACACUGAUGCUGCAUCAGUUUACUGAAGACCGUGAUGGAGCGAUUUGAUGUGAAGCCACCUCCCUCCCGGAGCCGUUCUAAGACUGCUUUGUAUGUGACUCCUCAGGAUCGUGUAACUGAGUUUGGCAGUGAACUGUACGAAGAUGGGGGGAAACUAUAUUGCACUUUCUGCAAUGUGGUCCUGAAUCAUGUUCGCAAGUCUGCAAUCAAUGACCAUCUCAAAUCCAAAACUCAUACUAAGCGCAAGGGGGAGUUUGAAGAGCAAAGUGUCCGGAAGAAGCCGCGAACUCUGACUGCCUCUUUGCAGUGCAACAGUGCAGCCCAAACAGAGAAGCCCAACGUCAUCCAGGACUUCGUAAAAAUGUUUCUGGAAGCAAGCAUUCCUCUUGAGAAGGCUGACCAUCCAGCUGUGCGGGCUUUCCUUUCUCGCCACGUGAAGAAUGGGAAUUCCAUACCCAAGUCGGACCAGCUAAGAAAAACCUAUUUGCCAGAUGGGUACUCAAAUCAGCUUCUCAAGUCUGAAGACCAUUGAGGGGGAGGUUGCUUGGUUGUGGAGUAUUAAAGUUGCAUAGCAGUGAUGUGGUUUAUUUUUAUAUCCAUGCACAUGCAAUGUUAUGUAAUGGUUUUUGUAUUGUAGAAAUGACAAUCUAUUGAAGAAUGUGAUGACGUACAAGAAACAGUGACUCUAGUAUUAUAUGAGUUUGGAUCUAAAAUGAUGUUGAAUUCCUUGGGGGGGGAAUGGAAGGAAGGUGGCAUAUUGUGGAGUUUGUACAGCCUUAUGCUAAAUGAAUAGUGUCAAAAACAAAACAGUAAUGAGGCUGACUUCCAUUUAUUUUUUCUAUUUCUCUUCUCUCACAUUACAAGAUAAUUCCUAAUGAACAAAUAGGCAUGGGUCAAAUAUAACAGUCUUAUGUUUUUGGCUUUAAUCCUACAUAUGUGCAAGUAUAGGUCUUAUUUAUUAGGCCAGUAUCCUCAAUAUAAACUUAUAUUUAGUGGAACUAGGGAUGUUGUGGUGAUCCUCCAAAUUGGAUUCCCAAUGCAGAUAUUGUAGUUCUGCUAGUGCAGACCAUUAUCCCAACCCACUUUCUGUCUCAUACUCUUUCUGUCUGAUUUACUUUUUGUUGGGAGUGGAAUUUUAUCAGCGGCUGGGUCCACAAACUCCUGUAUAGGCUUUUUAGCUGGGAAUUGCAUUAAUGCAGUUACACACUGGAUAUUCAUUUCAUAGAAAGCAAAGAGCAGGACCUGCAUUUGGAUGCAUAUCCAAAUGUGCACACCUUUGAAAGCAGUGACUAACAUCCACACAUACUGAAAGCAAGGCUGUCUAGGGCCAUGGAGUGGAAAACUGGGAAACUCCAAGGAAAGAGAGGGACAAGUUUCCUCUCAUCCCACAUCAGAAGAAAGUUCUAGGACAGUGAGAGCAGAGCUAUGCAGAUAGCUGCCUGAAGAUGGCACUGUUUGCAAUGAAUUCUAGCAAGAUCGCAAAGCUGUCUUAACAGCGAAUGGUUUGGGGGUUUUUUUAAUCCACCAAAUACCAACUUUUUUUUGAGGUUCACUCAGCUUAGACUUAUGGAAUGCGAUUCCCUAGAGUGAAAGAAGUACUAAUAUUUUUUACUUCAAGUUGUAUUCCCUUUACCCUGUAUUAAAUUAUUUACCGUAUAAGGAGCACUUUUGCUGCUGAUUUUGGGAACCUCUGACUCAUUAAAAUAUUGUUCAUGCAUUAAGUAAACAUUAAUCCAGCAAAAUUAAGCACUUUGAGGUUCCAUUCAUUUGAAUGAGGGAGUUGCAUGAUGACAAAAGUCUCCUACUGAAAUGAAAUCUAAAGACUUCAUUUUAUCUAGAUCAUGACUCUAAUAUUUCACUCUCUCAGUGGAACUGCAAAGAAAGCAGAGUUGUUAACUAGUUUUGACAUACUUUUAAUAAAAUCUACAGCCCAGUCAGAUGGAGGGAGAAAUAAUGGCAAACUGCACAGCAAAGGUCUGUUCUGAACAAGACCAGUUUCAUUCCUUUCCCCAUGCCUUUCCUUCUUAGGGACUAAAACUGAUCAUAUAGCAUAAGAAGCAGUUUGGGGGGGAAAGCAACUACAUUGCAAGACUUUUCUUUAGGAUUCCACAUUCAAAGGUUCUGUAGCAUUUAGCAGAGCUUGGCAUUGGUGAAUUGCAACCCAGAACUUGGGAGUUUUCCUAAAAGUGGUUGCUUUCUUUUUAUAAUACAUUUUAGGUCUAAUAUUUUGUGAACUAUUUAUGAAAACGUGGUCAGCAUCUAUUCCAGUUUUCCAGUGAUUGGAAGAACUUCUUUUGUUUUCCUCAUUCCUGGAACUUGCCUUUCUGCUUUCAUUUUAAUGUGUGCCACUGCAGUAGUUGCCAAACUAAUCUAGAUUUUGCAGAAGUUCAAAUGUAUGUUCAUCUAUAGCUUGGAGCAAAUUAUGGGAUUGUUUCUAUAUCUUUGACUGAGUAUUUAUCAGUUUUACUUCUGGACUUUACUACUUGUCACUGGGUACAGGAUUACAGCCUUUGUAGUCACUUCUGGAACAAAAUGCAACUGACACAUAACAUGUAUAGUCUUUGAUAGGAUAAACUAAAGCUUUGUUGCACAUUGAUUAAGCUUUGCUCUACACUGAGAAUGAAAUAUUUCAACUGUCACAAUAUUAAAAGGGGCAUAUAUUGGUAUUGUAGCAAUGACACAGCUGCAGAUGGGAAUGUGAAGUUUCAUGAUUAGACAAGUGCUUCUUACUUAUGAAGAAAGUGUAUGAUCAUAAAUUAGUAUUGGAAGUGCCCUGCUUUUUUUCACAAUGGGUAAUCCAUCCCAUUACUUGGUUUUAUUGCAGACACCUCAUCUUAUUUAAAAAUGGAAAAUGCCCAGCCAUUUUGUCAUAUGCCUUGGUAGAAAGUUAGCAAUAGGUAGACCAAGUGCAUUCCUGAUGACUUCAUAGGCAUGUUCUGUACAAUAUCUAUUAUCGGGGAGUAGGAGCAACUUUCUGUGUGUUAAACAAUGGGGAAAGCAUGCACUAUCAUUUAUGGUGUUAUUCUUUUGUUUGGCUUGGCUACUUUCAUUCUUAGGGCAGCCCUGCACACUACAAGAAAAUACCAUUUUCUUUUUAUGCUUACAGUUAAUGUGCAGUUGAUGACUUCAUCGCUCGGGUGAAACAGAUGAACUCCACAUGCUUCUGGAAGUUGCACAUUUCACUGCAGAGGAGAUUUAAUAAAUUGCCACUUGGCAUGUUACACCAAAAGUGUGAAGAGGGGUAUAUGUAAAUCUGCUAGAAAGGAAAUUGUCACUUAGUAUUUGACAAUUCCACAUCAUGUGUGAGAAAAGUGUACAUGCAAGCCUACAGAAAGGAAGCUGCAAAGUGAUACACUUGAUCUUGGUGGUUAGUAUAAAUUAUGAAAGUAAAGCUAACAAAGCAUAACUGAUAAAAGUGAAUUGCCAUGUUAACUGUACAAAAUUGAAUAGUUCUUGACAGCCAGACACAAAGUAUACAACAAAUAGAUUAACAAUUUUUUUAAAAAAAAUUCAUGUCAUGCAUGCAUGUGAAGUUAGCAAUGAAAUGAGUAAGUAGUAGCUACCUAACCCAAGUUGUAUAAUUUAAGGGUUUGUAGAAUGGUCUGAGCAAUUGUCAAAAGGUUAUUUGACUUUUGAAUAGACUAAGGCUACAAUCCUAUUCAUGCAUACUUGGAAGUGAGUUGUGCUGAAUUUUCUAGGAGUCGUUUCCAAGUUAACAUAUAUAGGAUCUGGCAGCAUAGAUGCAGGUUAAUAGGCAAUCCUGAUUAUUAUUGUUUUUCUUUUGAUCACAGUGAGCAGAAGAUUUCUCUUUAUGAGACAGCAAUCUUUCCAAGCUCUCUUAAAGCUAAAACUUGUGAGUGAGAUAAAAACAGCAUGUUAGGAAAUUAGAACAUGUGUUUUGCAGCAUUAUUCAUAAUCGACGCUGGAUCUCACAUGUCAUUUGUACCAUCCUGAUUACUGAGGAUCAGGUUGGGGAGAAGCUGCUGAUAAUGACUGACAAACAGUGCAACACUCCACAUGUGUUCACCAUAAUGCAGGCACUGUUGCAUCUUCCUAAUGCUAGUUGCAAGCGUGCAUACUUGUGGAAAUGUCAAAAUUGUGCAAGGGAUUUGUGCAGUUGCACAGUCAUGAUUUCCAAUGGCAGUGCAAUCGUGCAAGUCUGCACAAUUGCAGUGUUUGUGCAAGUUGCACUUUUACAUUAGGAAGAUGUAGCAGUGCUCGCAUUGCGCUGAACGCGCAUGAAGCAUUGUGCAGUAUUUUUCACUCUAUUAUUAUUGUUCAUAUAAAAUAAGGAGGUAAGAUGUGCGUACCUAAUUAUUCAUAAAAAUAGGCUCCCACAGAGUUUCAAAAUGAGUUUUAUGAACUGCUUAAGUUCAGAUUUUUGCCUUAAUUGAUUGAAACUACUUUUGACCCAACCAAGUGACUAAUCCAGUCUACAAUAGUAGGAGAAAUUGGUUUGUUCCAGCUAGAGAAUAUUCUUAUGCUACUCAAAAAUUCCUAACCCCCAAAGGAUUUUUUAAAAGUUUAUUCUGUUGCGACCAUGCAAAAAUGUAUAGCGAUGUACUUAUUGAUUUUUUCCCCCCAUGAUAACUUUUAAAAUAAAAUAAGGAACAUAAUUUUAAUGUGCUAAUGAAUACAAUUUAUUUAUAGAUAGACAUUGUAUGGAUAACCUUGCUAUCCCUUUUUACUCUUCUAUUUUUGAAUUUGCUGCUAGGAUAUUUUCUGUUGCUUAUGCAUGUUGAGUAUUCACUGUCUUUGUUUUUAAAGUUCUGUGUUAACUUUACAAAAUAAAAAAGUUUUAAAACAA